AUGUCAUUCCAGUCAAUAUCAUACAAUGCAGGUCCCGGUAUUCUGGCACUCAAUUGGACGGCGGCGGCCAUCGCCAUCCUAGUGAUGAUCCUGCGAGUCAUUGCCAAACUCCGCAUUCGACAUUAUGCAGUGAAUGACACGGCUAUGUUAUGUGCGCUGGUACUAGCUCUGGCGGCAUCCAUCAUGAUCACUUUGGCUAUUGCCCAUGGCUACGGGCGACACUUUUGGUACCUGAGCCAGGCAGAUCAGGUGCUGGCCUUGAAGUAUUACACGGGCUUCCAGUGUCUGUCAAUAAUCGCCACUGGCGCUGGAAGAGCUGCCUUUACGCUCUACUUGUUGAAUAUCCUACGUCAAGAGAGGUAUUUGGGAUGGAUUCUGUGGUUCAUCUUUGCGCUGCAGAUCAUCAUCAAUAUUGUCUCGGUGGCUACCAUCCUUGCGCAGUGUCAGGAUGUUGACUCUCUGUGGGAUGUGCGUGUGAGCACGACAUGCUGGGAUCCAAACGUCGAGCGUAUCUAUGGCUAUGUGCAGUGCUGUAUGUUGAUUGACCCAACUAGAAAGAAAGAGGACACUGACAGGUUUUAUAAAGCGAUCAAUACUGCUUCCGACCUAUUCCUUGCCGUCUUCCCAACCUACACUUUCUGGAGCCUGAGCUUGAAACUGCGCGUCAAGAUUAGCCUCGUCGUGUUGAUGGGCUUUGGUUUAGUAGCUAUGGUGGCCUCGAUCAUGCGAAUCGUCCACCUGGGAUCUAUCGCUGAGCGUGUUGACCCAACCGCAGUGACGGUGCAACUCACUCGAUGGGCGCUGGCGGAGUGUUACCUGGUUAUCAUCACGGCCUCCAUGCCAUGCAUUCGGUCCCUGAUUAUCGCGUCUGUCCGAAAUAUCUCGUGUGGCAACCGUUCGCGAGUAGUCGGAUCACAAUAUAAAAUCAGUCCGCCAAUUCCCAGUCGCGCCGAAUACAGCACCUGGGCGGAUGCACCGCCACCACACAGUCGAGAAUACAUUCUGGGAAGCUAUCCUAUGGAGCGGGAACGAAUGGGUGGGCGCGCAAUCACCAAACAGGUGGAUAUCACAGUGAUCAGGAAUCGCUCGAGAAGCACGAGGAAUGGGUAA